AUGUUCACUGCCAUGCUGAUAUCUGCCAUCAUCCUAUCGCUUGUUGCUCGUGUUGCACAGGCUCAAGAGCCCAUUGCUACGCCUACCUCUAUCGAGCCUGCUGCGGCUACAGUUGCGCCUACAGACACCAAAGCAGGCGUGAAACUGUUCGACGCUGAGACGGUUCAAUUGACGGACAAAGUAAUCGCUAUACUCAACACCAGCGACAACACCAACAUUGCCGACUAUGCGCAUCUCUUCGCCUUUGAUACCAAUGCCAGCAGCGUACCCGAAGUUGCCAAAUAUCGACGCAGUGGAUUCUGCAAAAGUGCGCCCGGUGAUCUCCUCUGGCCGUCCAGGAUAGCUUGGGGCAUCUUCGAUCUCCUGCUGGGUGGCGCUCUGUCCCCGAUUGUUCCCAUCGCUUCUCCUUGUUAUGAGGACUCGGUAUACGAUGACUACGACGUCACCGAAUGCGCUUCAGUGACUUCUAAAUGGAACACUGAAAGCUUGCACUUCUCUGAUCCAGGGUCUGUCAUGUUCCCCAUUUACCAAGGCAAAACUUGCAUGCCCGGAACCAAUGCCAGCGCAUUAAAAAGCUGCACCCAGGGAGGUUACGCUGCCUAUUCAGUUGAAGUUAGCAACGUGGCCCAGAUUCAACUCGCAGUUAAUUUCGCCCGUGUCUCAAACCUUCGUCUAGUUAUCAAAAACACAGGACACGACUACAACGGCCGCUCGACCGGAAAGGACGCCUUGAGUCUCUGGACACACAACCUAAAGGACAUUGCCUUUGUAAAGAACUAUAUUAGCCCGGAUUACAAGGGGGCCGCUUUCAAGGUUGGCGCUGGAGUCCAGGCCAAUGAGCUAUACAAGGCGGCAGAUAAGAACGGCGUUACCACGGUUGCUGGUAUUUGUCCAACGGUUGGUGUGGCUGGCGGAUACAUUACAGGCGGAGGGCAUAGUCCUGUCAUGCAGCUCUUCGGAAUGGGGGCGGACCAAGUCGUUGCUCUUGAAGUUGUUACUGCCAGCGGACGGUUUGUGACGGCGACUCCAAGUGUUAACUCGGACCUUUACUGGGCAAUGCUCGGUGGUGGUGGUGGUACCUUUGGAAUCAUUACCUCUGCUGUACUCAAAGCACAUCCCAAAAUCCCCGUAACAACCUCGAUCUUCAGCUUCGCUGCGUCUCGUGAUAGUUCUGUCCCUGAGGCGACUUUCUGGAAAGGCUUCGCCGCGCUCUGGGACUCGUUUCCUGCAUGGAAUGCUGCAAAGACAUACUCUUACUUCUUCUUGUCUAACAUUACAGGAGUCAUGACCUUCAGCAUGGCACCCUUUUUUGCACCUAACAUGACUGUUGUGGAGUACAAUAAGCUCGUUGCUCCUUUCUUAGCUAACCUUACUGCGCUAAAUAUUCCGUACACAAUCAACACAACCUACCACCCCUCUUUCUUAUCUGCGUUUAACGCAACAUUCGCCCCACUAGACCAGCACGUCGGUGCUGCAGAAAGCCUGCCUGGGAACAGGAUUCUACCCGCGGAGAACUGGAACAACGCUACCAUCCGAGAGAAGACGCUCGCGGCCAUUAAGACAGCAGUUGGCAAGGGCGUUGGUCUCAACAUCUACCACCAAGCACCAGCCACCCAGCCGAAGAUCCUAAAUUCGGUGAACCCGGCGUUCCGUAACGAAGCCAGUAUGAUCAUUGCCAUAGGAAUGCCGACAACAUCAGACGACCAGCUCGGUGCUGCUGGCCGGGCCUUGACGAACGAUAUGCUAGGCCCGCUUCGGGAUGUGAGUCCAAACGGUGGGACGUACGGCAAUGAGGCUGAAAUCAAUGAGCCGAAUUUCCAGAAGGCUUUCUGGGGCGCAAACUAUCCCAGAUUGCUAAGCAUCAAGAAGAAAUGGGAUCCGACGGGGUUGUUCUAUGUGCACCAUGGCGUGGGAAGCGAGGAGUGGGUUGUUCAGGACGGAGUGAAGUUCGGCGGCAUCCCGACGCAGAAUGGCCGACUGUGCCGAGCGUAG